AAUUGAUAAUUAAACCCGAACCGCCUCCUUGCCUCGAACACACAUUCACUUUCGCUUGGGCGUCUCUACAACAUACAGGCAAUGCAAUAGUAUACAGAUCAUGUCGGAACUUUUACAUCUGAACAUGCGCAUGCAAAUGCUCACAGAGAAUUCUAGCUGGCAUGUCGCCGUGAUUCAUACUAAAGCUGCAUCCUCUUGCAGUCGCUUUCCCUCCAGAUCCUCCAACCACUGAGCCUAUCAGGCAGCCUUAAUACGCAGGCCUUAUAUAAGUUCUACACAUGCUGGGCGGACAUGUUCUAGCGCUGGAAGUGAUUGCUGGCCAAAACCUUGCCGUUCCAUCUAAUCGCACACCAGCGGGCCAUUAUGUCCUUGUCUCCACUUCCUAUGGUCGGUGGAACACUGCCAUUAAGGCUGCAAUGGCCGACUGCAGUGUUUCUUGGAAUGAGACUCUCAUCAUCCGUGGAAGCCCGCUGAUGUUUCCAAUGUGGCUUAUGCCCAUCUUUUCCAGCUCCUCCAAAGAAAUCCGCCUCGAAAUUCGCGCCUCAUUUGAGUGUGGCCGAAUGCUCGGUCGAGGCGAGCUUGUGGGUACAGUCGAGACAACUUUAGAAAAAUUGCUUGCGCACGACGGACAGUCCGUAUCAUUCAUGGCUGUUGAUAAUCAGCGCAUAUCCCUUAAAUUGAAGGCACGGCGUAAAAAAGUACCAUACUACGAUGCAGACGGUACCAUGCAGUGUAAAAUCGGUCUCGAAACUGAUGCAGCACGCGAUGCAUACACCCUCUUUUGGAGGAACAAUCUUCGCGAGCAUUUCCAUAGCGCCAUUGAGGGUUUUCAGGCAGUGCUUGACCAAUGUCCCCAUGGUCAUGCACACCGCGCCGCAGCGCUCUCCAACCUUGCUCAUGCUAUUCUAUGCGGUUUCGCCAAGACCGUUGAAAGCGAUAUUGACCGCGCGGUUCACCUUUUCCGUUCCGCACUCACACUCCGUCCCCGAGGACACAUCGAUCAUCCGUUAUCGAUCCUCGACCUUUGCCAUGCUCUCUGCAAGCGUCAUUCCCAUAAAAAGGACCAUCUCGAUCUCCGUGAGGCUGCAGAUCUUUACCGCUCAAUUCUGCCACUUUGUGUCGAGGGCAGCCAUCUCCAUCGAGUAGUAUUCGAUACCAACGGCAUACCAUAUGUCAUCGAGCAGUGCAACGCACUUCCUAGUGAUCCUUCAGACGAGAGUAUAUCGCUUCGGCGAAUUGUGCUCGAACUUUGUCCGCCACGGCACCCACAUCGUGCAUACUCACUAAACAAGCUUGCUGGAGACCUCUAUGCACGGUUUGAACGAGACGGCAAUAAAGACCAUUUCUAUGAGGCUGUUCAUCUGUCGCGUGAAGCACUGGCAGUAUGUCGUGCUGAUGACGAUCAACUUAGUAUUCUCCCCGGCAUUUUAUCGGACACUCUCGGGCACCGGUUCAAUCACCACGGCGAUCCUUCUGACCUCUACGAAAGAAUAGCACUUGACAUCCACCUAGAGGCACUCGACUUGCGCUCGUCUGCUUCGAGUCAGCGUGGCAUAACGGCCCCCGAACAAGGACAAGAAUCCUCGCUACCACCACCACCACCAUCUCCUCCCCCACCGCCACCACCACAGGUAUCAGUGAGCAAACAGACUCGGCCGCUAGAAAGAAAUGUUGUCAUCUUCGGCGACAGUGGCUCAGGGAAAAGUUCAGUCAUCAAUGCGAUUGCGCAAACGCAGCUAGCGAAGAC